CGAGAAAAUUCACUCCUCGCUUUAUUUGUGUUGAUUUCGCGUUGCGACCAAACGCGUGAACGACACUAGCGCCGAGAACUCCCACUACCCUUCCUCCACCACUGACAGCGACUCUCCACAGGUUUCCGAACCAAAGCGCGUGCGAAUGGAUCCGAGUGUUGACGGUCAGGACGCCAUGUCCUCUGCUGCGCCCGCGGGUGAGCUCGGCAAGGUGCUGCAUGUGCGCAACAUGCCGCUCGAUGUCACCGAGCCCGAGCUGAUUGCCAUUGGCGCCAAGUACGGCCCCGUGGCCAACACGCUCCUGCUCCACAACAAGGGCCAGGGCUUUAUCGAGAUGGAGCAGCUCGAUGCCGCCAAAAACCUGCUCGCGGCGUCGGAGGCCAACCCCCAGUUUAUCCGCGGCCGCCGCGUCUACUUCCAGCCCUCCAACCACGUCCAGCUCAAGCGCAACGAGCAGCACCACGGUGGCGCUGCAGCGAGCGGCAGCCACAGCGGCAACAACGACUCGUCGUUCGAGCCCAAGCCCGUGCUCCGCGUUGAGAUUCACAACGUUCUGUACGUCGUGACGCUGGAUGUCCUCCACCAGAUCUUCUCCAAGUUUGGCAACGUCCUCCGCAUCAUCACCUUCAACAAGAACAACCUCUUCCAGGCCUUCAUCCAGUACGCCGACCUGAACUCUGCCAAGAACGCCAAGUCGUCGCUCGACGGCCAGAGCAUCUACACUGGCUGCUGCCAGCUCCGCAUCUUUUACUCGCGUCUUGACGAGCUCAACGUUCGCUUCAACAACGACAAGUGCCGAGACUACACCAACCCCAACCUCCCGACUGGCGACAACACUCCGUUCGGCGCCGCUGCAAACACUGCCGGUGCUGCCGGCGGCCGCAUUGGCAACUAUGGUGGCAACGCCUAUGGCGGCUACCAGGCUGGUGCCCAGCAGGGCGGCUAUGGCGGUCCCGCUGGCUACUCUGCCGGCCCCGCCGCCGGCGUCUUUGGCGGCAACAACGCUGUCAACGCUGGUGCGUACGGCGCUGCUGCUGGCAACAAUGCCCGCAACAUUAUCCUCGUCAGCAACCUGAACGAUCAACACGUCACCCCCGACAUUCUCUUCAUGAUCAUUGGCACUUACGCUGACGUCCACCGCGUCAAGAUCCUCUACAACAAGAAGGACACUGCUCUUGUCCAGGUCACCGAUUCGCAACAGGCCCAGACUGCCAUCCACAACCUCAACAUGCAGACCUUUUACGGCAAGGAGAUGCGUCUCAGCCUGUCCAAGCACAACGCUGUCGCCCUCCCUCGCUCGGGCUCUGAGGAGUCGGCCUUCGAGCUGACCAAGGAGUACAUCAACUCGCCCCUGCACCGCUUCAAGGUCCCCAACUCGAAGAACUUUGCCAACAUUUGCCCGCCCAUCGACACCCUGCACGUGUCCAACAUUCCCGACAACUACCCCGAGGCCGAUCUCGUUGCCGAGUUUGGCAAGUAUGCCCCCGUCGUUCUCUUCCGUCUCUUCCCUAACAACCACAAGAUGGGCGUUGUCAAGUUUGGCUCCACCGACGAGGCCAUGCAAGCGCUCGUCCACAUGAAUAACUUUAAGAUUGGGCCGACCAACUAUCUGCGCGUCUCCUUCUCAAAGGUCUCUGCCACCUAAAAACACACGCAGGCUCCGCGCGGCUGCCUUUGAUUUCUUUUUGUGUGGGCGCCAUUCAUAAGGUCUUCCUCUUCCUCUGCUCUUGCUUUCUGUCUUGUUUUCUUGUUUUUUUUCUUCUCGCCUCUUCCUAGCGUGCUUUUGGUUAUUACAACAACAAGAUUACAACCCCCCCCCCUUCUCCCUCGCUCUCUCUACAUUUUACUUGUAUUCUCCUACUCUCUUUGGUUCUUUCAGAUACCAUUAUUACUGUUACGCACACCGGCAUUUCUGUCAUUGAUAUCCUCUUGCUUGGGUCCUUGAUUUUCAGUCUAUCCGUCUCCGUUUUCAUUUCUUGAUUUCAAACCAUCAGUCUCUGUGUGAGCUUGUCAGCUCGUCUGCGCCUUUUUUGUUUUUUGAACAAGCCACUCUGUGGUUGAAGGCGUGGUGGUAAAUCCGCUUUAUCUCGUUUGAGCAUCAUGAUUAUUUUGAUUACUUUUUUCUUUGUUUAUAAUGAUUCGACGACUUGAACCGCCGCGUGGCUUGGAUCGCGGUCAGUCUGGC